AUGGACCUCUACUUGGAUAAUGGAUGCAAUGUUGUGAGAGGUGAGGAGGGCUAUUACCUUGGCGGACUUCCGUUCCUCCUUGAAGCUGUAUCAUCUGGUAAAUUGUUCUCAAUGACUCUAGCUGCUCAAGCCAUUGGGUUGCUUGGGGUUGCUAGAAGAGUUUGGCCAGUAGUUCAAGCUGGUGCAAUACCUACGUAUGUGGAGCUGCCUAGAGAACCUGAACCCCUUGGGAAAGAAAUUGCAGUGGAUGUCUUUUGUGUACUGGCCGUGGCAGAGGAGAACGCUGUGUUGAUUGUGGAAGAGCUGGUGAGGAUUCUCCAGGGCAAUGAAGAAGCAGCAAAAUCUGCAGCUGUAGAUGUCUUGUGGGAUCUUUCAGGGUACAAACAUUCCAUUUCAAUUGUGCGAGAAUCGGGUGCUAUUCCACUUCUAACUGAGCUUUUGCGAAAUGGGAAUGGUGACCUUAGGGAGAAAGCUGCAGGAACCAUUGCACAAUUAAGUAAUGAAGGAGUGAACAGGGAAGCUAUGGUGGAAGCUGGUGCUAUACCAGUCCUGAUUGAUCUGUUGAGAGGUCAUUCAGAAGAGGAACUGAGGGAAUAUGCUAGGCAAGUUCUGAUUAAUUUGCAGAAGACCUGCUUUACCAUGAGAGAGUUUCUGAAGCUUUUGAUACCCCUUCAUUCCUGGCCGUACAAGAGAGGUUAA